AUGCGCAGCCACGGGCUCUUCGCCCAGUUCGACGACGAGCUACAGGACAGCGACCAGACCAUCUCACCGUCUGUGCGCCGUCCACAACCUCGUGCACGUCUCUUUGCAGUAGCUGAUGCCACCAACAGCAGCAGCAGCGACAGGGCCAGGCCUUCACGUCGUCGCUUCCCGACCUCUGCCUUUUUCUCCGACACGACCGACGACGACGUCUCACGGCCGACUUCUGGAUUAAUGGACCACUCUAUUGGUUCAUAUAGUCGUUUUAGCAAUCGAAGACGGAGCAAAGGAUGGCAGAAUAGUGCGAGUCACGGUCUGAGGCUUCGUGUGGACGCGGUCCAGUUCCCAGUGACACGGUCGGUACUCUGGGAUCGACGGCGGCUGUCGGAUACACCCGUGAUUGUCUCGUUGGAGCACGUUUUGCCGCAAUUUAGUGUGUCAGCAGAGGCAUUGAAGGAAAUUUACAAGCUGUGUCGAGAAAACAAAAGAGGCACGUUGCACAGAAGUGGUGCUGUGUUGUGUUUCUUGCACGGAGAAGCGACGUCGCCGAGGAUAAAGCGAGUGCGUCUGGAAGGAGUGAAGCUUAAGAAGGAGGACGCAUGUGCUGCGGGCACUUGGUGUAUCCCGGUAUAUCUAGUUGCUGCGAAGAAUGCUCUCGGACAGACGCAGGAGAAUUAUGUGUCGACCAUUGCGUCUGCCCUGAAUAGUUAUCGUGAUGACUAUGUUGACAGUCUUUCCUCGAAACUUCAGCCUAAAUUGCUGGUAUCUCAGCUGUCACCUCAUGCCGCGCAGCUCGAUUUUCAGCUUGAAUGUGUUGCGUCGCCGGUGCUGUUUGAGUUCUCGCUUAUACGAAACUUACCGCUUUUGAUGACCCCGCUUGCAGCAAGUUUAUCGAAGCGUGAAUUUAGUACUCAGACUGGAAGUUUGCGAUCCGGAUAUCUUACACUCGAUCAAACCCGCAAGGCGGUGCCUCUGCUGAAGGUAGACCCGCUCGUUUCACAGCAGCCGCUCGUCGGUGUUUGGGUGUACGGUGUUCACAUCGAUGAUGCAUGGAAUGAGGAGGCGGCGCGGCGGCAGCUGGCUGAUCCGCUUUUGUAUUUUGCCUGCAUUGGUUACUUGAUGUCGGAGACGAUCAAAGAACGUGUCGGGCCUCGGAUGAACACAUUUUUGGUGGCACUAUAUCCUGCUGAUAACUCUGAUACUGACAGUACGGUUGGACUGCUGCCGCGCUUUUUCGAGUGUGCAUUUUCCGAGUCCUUGUCUCUUUCAACACGGCUUCUUCCUUUGGAGCUAUUUUCGCAACGGCGAUCGUGCUUCGUUGGAGUGUCGAAGUUCUCGUCCGAUUUGGAGCUGACGUUGUCUGCUGCACCAACAAGUGAGUGGAAAGCAGCUGCAUGUCAAGCGAACAUUCCAGCGAUUGUGUACACGAAAGAAGGCGAAAGUGCAGGGCCUUGUGAGCCUCAAUUAUCUGCUUGCAGCACUUCACGUAACUCUUUGCCGAGGUCACAGAAUAAAUCGCAAUGUAUUGAUGAUGAAGAUGAGCACAAAAGCAUGACGAGAGGUUGGACUGUAACAUCAGAUGCCAUUCGUAAGACUGCUGUCCCAGACCCGGAUGCACAGAGUCAGACUGGGGUACAAGGUGAGAAGGAAACGUGCAAUCGGACAUUCGUUUCUGACUCUGAAACGCAUACCGCAAUGCCGCCAAAUGCUUUACAUGAUGCUACCUGUACACAAGUUGCUGAACGUAUUCCUUGUUUGACCACGCCGGACAAGACGAACGAUGCUGCCCAGCGUGAUCGGGUGGAUAAGAGUCCUAGCAACAAUCGGAGCUGCUGCAAAACCCAGCAGCUACUGACAAUCCAGCACCAGCAAAUUCUUGAAAAUCAACAGCGGCAGCUACACGAGAUGCAAGAGCAGAUUGUUCAAAUGAGGCGCAUUCUGAAUGUAACUCACAACGGGACUAAGAGAGGGGUACUAUCUACUUCAAGCGCGGAUGACGGCUACGUUUCUGAUGCGAGUACUUCCGGCACCGGGGCGGUAGCUAAUGUCUUCAAUGUAACCGGUACAUCCAGCAGACACGAAAAUCAUCACUUGGGCUCCCAGUUUCCGGUAGUGUCGACUACUCCCCGACGAAGUUGCAAUGGUUCAUUCCUUGACGAAUGGUCCAUCUGCACUCGUGACAACGACGUUGAUAUGCAAGAGAGAGGUAACAAGGACCUUUCGUUGAGCUCUUUGAGCUUGUCAUCAAUUAGCUGCGACUCUGCAGCCGACUUAUCGUCGCUUCCUUCAUCAUUGGUGGGCGAACAGCAUUCAGCAUUCAGCUCUACACGAAAUCGGAAGAGGACGCUCGAUAGCGAACAGGUAGACGUUUAUACGCAAGCCUUGGACCAGUCUCAGCUACCAAAAUCUGAUACGGAUGCAGGGAAUGAUAACACAGCAGCAGCUCAAGUUGACGACACCAACGCCGAAGUGGACAAAUCAAGUGGAAACGAGUUUGAUGUACAUGACGGUGCCGACAGCAUCACGGGUGCAUCCAAUAUAUCUGUCGACAAAGUUGACGGCGACUUGGACGAGCAAGCUUUCAGUAUCAUUGGCAAAAGCGGAAUGGGGUCUGUAGGAUACAAUGAAGAUAGCCCAGCGAAGGCUGUGGAGCGCCUUUUAUUGCCUGACACCUAUCUUCGAAAGGUCGGAGGCUUCGUCGACCACCACGGCGGUUGUUUCACAACGCCACCGCUGGAUUUCCACAGUUUUUGCGUACCUCGAAUCAAGUUUUUGAGUGAGACUCCGGAGUUCGAUUCAGACGACGAAGAGAUCCGCCUCAUCGAGCAAAAGUAUACACGAUUGAUGGCGGCAUCGCAACGAUGA